AUGGCGGCCAAGGGCUUCGCGAAGGAUGCAGCCUCGAAUGAGUCUCUCCACCGAUUGAGCAUAUCCCAUGGUACACUAGAGCCCUACGCGAACAUCGACGACGCAAUCCUGAGAGCCAAUGGCCAUGAUCAAGUCUUGAAGCGCCAAUUCAGCUGGGUUUCAGCUUUAGGCCUCUCUUUUUCUAUCACCAACUCUUGGAUCGGUUAUCUUAGCAAUUUCGGUCAGAAUCUCGUCUAUGGUGGGCCGCAAUCGUGUAUAUUUGGGCUCCUCGUCGCCUUUGCCGCUCAGUUUGUCAUGACUCUUGGUCUGGUGUCUUGA